GCUCUUUCUGUAACACCCUUGGUUAAAUCUGCAACUACCUCUUGAUGUCUUAAAUCACUUCACUCUUCCUAAGAAGUUUCAAUGUUAAAUACCUGCUAGUCAGCAGGAUAGUUGCAGCUCACAGUUAAUUACAUAUACUUUAAAGCAGUAUGCAGUCUCUGAAAAUUAGCACUGUCUGCAUUUCCUGCGAAUAGUUGUUAGGUGAACCUAGAAAUUAAUAAGUAAUCAAGAUCGAUAACAGAUUCACCAAAACACAAAAUUCUGUACAUUCUUUACUAUCUUCAUUUUGUUAUGUCUCCAUCGACACAUUUAUUUUGGGGCAACUUGCAUUUGCUGUGGCAGGUACUUGUGGUCACUCUCUCAUAGGAUUGGAUGGUAGCAAAAGGAAGAAAGGAUGACAGAGAGGAUGGAAAAUGAGAUUAGAAAAAAGGCAUGGCUGAGUGGAUAAAAUGAGACGUGAUAGUGCUUUUAAUGGCUAAAUCUGAAAUUACUUGUUUUUCUUGACUGCAUUAGUCAUAGUUUUGUGGGUGCCAAAGAAAUAGGUAAGAAUGAUCAAAGUAUCUGUAGCAAAAUUUUUGAGAGAAGAGUAACCAUAUAGAUCCGAAUAUUAUUAGGGUGUUUUUGAGGGUGGAGCCCUGCAUAUAGCACUGACAUUUUAAAAUCCUUAUUAGUCUAUUAUAAUUCAUUAAUAGAUUGCAACUCAAAAAUACAUGUUUGGAACAGUUUACCACUUGGAUAUGCAUGUUCAGAGCAGUCUGACAAAAAUCAAAUGUCUUCAAUGUUUAUCUUAUACUUGGAAUAUAAAAUAUGCGGCCGUCUUCUAUGACUGCAGAAUGGGGCUUGCUUCCUGUUUAUGUGGGCUUUAUUAGACAAUGCCAGAACCCAGGCAGCUACUGAGUCUCGAGAACUUUGCUCAAAAUUAGCAUCAGCUACCACCUGGUAAGUUAAGGCAUUUUAGUCAUGGCCAAAUUAGCUUUUUUUUGGCCAACUCUUUAGCUUUUUAAAAGCUAAAGAGUUAAGACUUCUUAUAGGCGUGAUUAUCUUAGAAGGAGAUUCAAACAUUUUAAAUGCGCUUUUCUACCCAUUAAGAAAUGUAUCUGACUUUAGUAAUAAAAAUAUUCUCAGUGGAAGUCAGCACAAGAUUUUUUAAAGCAAAAAAUAGGGGAAAUUUUAUAUUUCUCAAACCAAUUUGCAGUCCAUAUGUCAUUUAACCUUGUAAUAACCCUGUGGAUAUCCCCCAUUUUAAUAUAAAUAAACUAAAUCUCAGAAAUUUUAGGUGAUUUAUAACAGAGUUACCAAUCAAGUAUUUUAAAGUGCAUCUUCAGAUCCUGAAUACACAUGCCCUAAAUGCUAGAAAUCUAAUUAUUUCAGUCACUCCUUAAUAUGAUCAAGAAUUUCCCUGCAAACUGAUGAAAACAUUUUUUUUCAUUUCUCUGUAUUCAGUAUCAGAAGAUAGGUUCUGAUAUAUAGUCUGUUAGAAGGAAAAAAGAGCAUGGAUAAAUGUUAACAUAUGGCUUUCAGGAUAAUUUUGCUGCUUUUACAUUUAACUUGAUAAAAUAAAAUAAUGACAAUUUUUUUUAUGCUUUAGUUUGGUUUCUUGCUGAUACAUCAGUCCCAGACUUACUACCAACGCUGGGGUCUUAUUGACACAGUAAUCAUGUUUGCCACAAGCUUGAACUCUGAGUGUAAAAUUGAGAUUGUAGCCCAAUACCGUCUCAGGACUUUAAGUCACAGAAAUGUAUAAUCUGGUUGCAUCAGAACAGAAGAAGUAAUUCUAUUGCAACAGAGUCUACCACAGUUGUGUAGAUGUGACGAAACAGUUGAAUUUCAUACUUCCACUCUUACAUAGUCAUGAAAAAUUCUAUGUUUAGAUUAAGUGGUUAGUUAAAAGAAUACUUAUAUCUCACACAUGCAUUUAACAAUCCUGUCCACUGUAAUUUUACUGUCUGGUCUCAGAAAGGGGAAGAAGAAAAGUUUGGAUGAUACUUUUUUCGUUGUGUUAGUUUCUCCUUAGGCAGAUAUUUUUGUCAUCUCUUCUUUUGAGUCCAAUUUUCCUAAAGUUUGUUUAUGUCAAUGGCUCUUGACAAACUGAUAAAAUGUUUCCAGAAAGCACAUGGAUUUGGAACUCUCUCUUGUUAUGUUUAUAUUAGGCUUUAUUUUAAAGGCAAGUGAGACUACUUCAAAUAAAACAACUCCAAGCUUCCAAGAAACAGUUAAGAGAAGGCAGAGACGGGCAGAAACACCCCUUCACAAACACUCACACGGUUGCCAUGGACCUACAUAAGCAGUGGGAGAACACAGAGACUAACUGGCGCAAGGAAAAGAUGGAAUUACUGGACCAGUUUGACAAUGAAAGAAAGGAAUGGGAAAGUCAAUGGAAGAUCAUGCAGAAGAAGAUAGAAGAGCUCUGCCAUGAAGUAGAGCUUCAGAGGAAAAUCAACAUGAGUGAACGUGCGAUUAUUGAUCUUGAUCGUGAAAAGGCCAUUCAAGACAAAAUAAUGGAAUCUUCUCCAAAUUAUCCCAAUUCAAGACAAUGUGAAUUUACAGGGAUGAAACACAGGAAUGGUCUGGGAAAAAAAGGUAAAACAGGGCAGAGCUUACUCAGUGAAAGAAAUCAACUGUGUAAGGAACAAAAAACAAUCAAAAAAUCAAAAGUAGGGUUAAUGGAUUCUAUGGCCACAGACAACCAAAAGGAAUGUGAGACCCCGCGUGACCUGAGGACUUCUGAGGAAGAGAACAAGAGCUGCUCUGGCGCCCUCAACACAGCUCUUGAAGAACUUGCCAAAGUUAGUGAAGAAUUAUGCAGCUUUCAAGAGGAAAUUCGAAAGCGUUCUAACCACAGAAGGAUGAAGUCAGAUUCUUUUCUCCAGGAAACACCAGCUGUAAUUAAUAUGCCUUAUGGAGAUCACAUGAUCAACAACAACCAGUGCAUUACUUCAACCAGUUUAGAAAAAGAGAAAAAGAAAAAUAGAAAGAAUCUGAGCUGUACUGAUGUUUUCCAAAACAAUUCUAAGAAAAAAGGUGGAAUUGAUACAACUGAUCCGCAAAGAAGUGAAACCCCACCAGUUCCUCCUCCAAGAAGUACAUCUCGAAAUUUUCCCAGCUCACGUUCUGCACAAGCCCAUGAAAGUUUGAAGGAAAGUUCAGACCACAACGGCUGGGUGGCCCAAGAAGGUCAAGGCAGAAAGAACCCUCAUUUCCUCUGGAUGCACGACGAGAUGCCUGCGCUGUGUCUAAAUGAAGGGAAGACUUUGAAAGAUGGUAUCACAUUUUCUUCUUUGGCACCAGAAACCAAAAUAGAUAAAAAGCCUCCAUGUAAUGAAAAUGUUGGACUUACCAUGUGGUCAUGCGACACUGGGAUGGGUGCCAAAAAUAGCCUCUCUACACCAUGGUUUCAGAAAACCUGCUCUAUUCCCAAUAAGCCAAAAUAUGAAAAGGUGAUUCCAGAUCACCCUGCUAAAUCGCAUCCUGAUCUUCACAUAAGCAAUGUCUGUAGCUCCUUGGUGACACAGAGCAGCGGCCCACUGAGAAGUUUCAGUUGUGGCUUUGAAAGGACUAUUAGGAAUGAAAAGCUGGCAGCAAAGACUGAUGAAUUUAACAGAAUCGUAUUUAGAACAAAUAGAAAUUGUCAUGCAGUACAGCAAAGUCGAAGCUACUCAGAACCAUCUGAAGAUCUUCAGCCCUGUGAUACUUUAAUUUCUUGCACAGGUAACAUCUCAGAAAGUGACAGUGUUUCUGACAUUCUGAAAACCAGUGCCCCCAUGCCUGUGCCCAGGGAAAAUGUGCAUGAUAAUUCCACCAAAAAACCCACAACAGGCCUAUUCAGACAAAUGCAGGAACACAUAAGCCCUAGCAGUUACCGGAAUAUGCUCCACGAGCAUGAUUGGAGACCAAGUAAUUUGUCUGGCCGACCAAGGUCAGCUGAUCCCAGGUCAAAUUAUGGUGUGGUGGAAAAGCUGCUGAAAACCUAUGAGACAUCAGCGGGGUCCUCAUUGCAAAAUUCUAAAUGCUUCCAGGCUAAUUGGACCAAGUGUAAUUCUGAUGUCAGUGGUGGAGCCACAUUAAGUCAGCAUUUUAAAAAGCUCCAAAUAGAACAAGAGCUUCAGCAAAAGCCAGCUAUGUGUGGAGCACAGCAAGUGAAGCAAGGAGCAGAUCGGAAAAAGGUAACUGAGGAGUCCGUGGCAGUGAAAUUCUCACAUGGAAAAGGAUUUUCCCGACCUGCUAGACCAGCAAAUCGCCGUCUCCCGUCCAGUGAUCUUCACCAAAAUUCAUCAUUCAUGAUAUGUAUGAUUUCAGUUCUUCCAAGAGAUAUUAUUCAAGAGGUCAUGAAGUCUCACUUUAUGAAAAUAAUUUAACUUUUGAUGCUUAUGCUCUGAUAUUGUAUAACUUUUGUAUGUAAGUCUAAAUGUUAAAGGUAAAACCCAGUAAGUAUCCCAAUAAGUAUCCAAAGCAAUUCUCAUCUAUAGCAGCAAUUGAAUCCUGACCUCUUCAAUCUUCAAAAGAAUCACAGAACAUGUUCACUCUAUAUGACUCAUGUGUACUCCAGAAUAAAUGCACGCAUUUCCCUUGGUGCAUGCAGUUAUUUCCAAUUUAUAAUUUCACUCUAAAAUUAGUUGUGUCCCAUCAAUUUCUUUUUGAGGCUUUAUUCUCCAAUUAAAUUAUUUACUCAUGUAAUUUUAUAAAAAUCACUGAACAAAUUUAAUCCAGCUAUUUGGGAUCUGCAUGUUUUUUUUCCACAUAAUGCUAUUCAGCCUCAAAGUAGCACCAAAUUAUACAACCUGAACUGUAAAAUUUUUUAUUUCAGUCUUUGCAAGAAAUUUUUGUGUUAAAAUUAACCCAGUAAAAGAUUCCCUGAGUUAAUGAUACCUAGAGUGAAAGAGUUAAUUUGCAAUGAAAGCCAGAAAAACUUAUUUUUAAAAGGAAGUUAUAUAAAGGAGUAAAAGGGGACAAUAUUCCAUCUCUAUAUGUUUAAAUUCAGGAGGUAAAUCAUUGAGAAUAAAGAUUCUUCCUGGGAAAUCCCAGGCAAGGAGAGAGGAGCUGAGACCAGGCUUGUCACCAUUUCAUUAUGACGGAAACUGGUGGUGGUGUAGCCCAGUGAGCCAAAGCUAAAUGAACUCAUGACAUUUUCAACACAGCAAAAGCAACCACUAGGCUUUCUCAGGCAAACUGAGGGCCUGGGAAAAGUACAAUAUCAAGGACUCCAGGGUGGUUGUUCUCAGGAGUCAGACAGGUGUACAUCUUCAUGGAGAUUCCUCAUAAAGCAUCAGAGACCUGACACUGAAUCCAGGGCCAGGGUAGGAAUGAAGUAUCCAGAGGAGGCAAAUAGCAAGAGCAAGAUACUAGAUCAAGAAGCCUAGUCCUGGGAACCAGCAUGUAGGAAAUUUAAGAGAUAAAACUAGAGGUUGGGAAGGAAAUUUCCAUUGGAAAUAGGAACGGAGAGGUUUUCACCAGCGUACCAGAUCUUUACUGAAGUUGGGAGCCAAGAAGACUUGCGUAGCAAGUGAAGGACCCAUUUGUAGGGAAUUAAGAGUGUAACCACCAGAAACUAAAAUAAAUGGAGGAUCAGUGCAACUUGAGCUCUGAUUUUGAAAGACAAGUGAAGGUGAUGAGGUAUGGACUGAUGUUCUCUUCUUUUCACCUUCCUUUUAUUGUCAUUUUCCUGUGACUCUGCUGCCAGAAUCUAAAAUUUUACCUAGAUAAUCUCAUAAAUAAAAUAAGCCAUCUGUAUCUUCACAUAAUAGACCAUAAGAGCAAAACUAGAUACCCCAGAAAUUGAAAGUGACAUUUUUCUUCAAUAAAAAAUAAAAAUAGGCACAUCAUCAAAGAGUAACACCAUUUUUAGAAGAACUUCUUAGAAAAUUACUGUAUAUAUGAAGUGGAUCAGCAUAGGUAACACCCAGAUUGCACCUGAGAAUAGAAUACAGUCUUAGAGAAAAAGAAAUGCAAUGUUAUUAUAACUAAAGAAGGUGAAACGUAAUCAACUUCUCUGAGCUCUGUCUGAAUGGAAAGGAGGUAGAUUUCAUGGAGCAGAGGCAAAGGUACCUGAGAGCAAGAGUAUCCAGUGUUGAUCCACUGCUGUCCAGUUAAAAAAUAAAGGCCAGGGUUUGAGAACAUGAAGUUUCUGACCACAGGAUUAUUCCAUUCUGUCUCGGGAGGAAGAGGUUCCCACGCACUGAUCUGUGCCACGAGGUCACCCAAUGCCAUCAGCUCACUUUUUCCACACUAACUCAAGCACCCUUCUGAUUCUCAAAUUAACAACCUAGAUAUUGAGAGAAGUAAGAGAGCAUCUAGACUGGUGUUCUUUGACUAUUUCCAGGAAGUCUUCUCUAAGAGCAGAGAAAAUAAAUCACUACCCAAAGGUCUCUGACGUUGUCUAAAAUUCUUUAAUUUUGGGGGGUUGUAACUUGAAAAUUUUUACAGGCCUUAAACAAACAGGAAUUUCAUUUGCUUUGUUCACUGCCUUUGCCAAGAGCUUAGGAAGGUGCCAGCAGAGAGUAAGCUCAAUAAAUGUUUGUUGAAUAAAUUAAAAAAAAAAAUUUGUUAACUGUUUAACAAUAACAGAAUGAAAUGUUUUAAUCACCUCCUAUCAGGAACUUCAAAAUAGGUUUUCCUGUCUGCUUCCUUAUUUAAUUACCACUGGUCUGAAUUUAUUUAUUUCCUAAAAUUGAGCCACCUGAAUUUACAUUGUAUAGUCAUUUCUCUUCUUGUCAUAGUGUCACCAUAUUUUUAGCACUUAAAAUGUGCAUAGAAAUUGAGAUCAUUUUUUUCACUCUUUUGUAAACUUUAUAAGCAUAAUCACUGAGGCAAGAUACAAGAUCACUACCAAAGAGAUAGUAUUCCUCUAUGUUUGAAUUGACUGCUGGUAGAAAUUUUGUUAAGUAUCUUUUAGCUGAAAAGUUGACGUGUUAUAUGAAAUAUUGCAAGGCUGUCUCUUUUAUUGUCUUAGGAGAAAAACAGUUGAAGGGCCUUUGUGAAGGAAAAAAAAUAACAGUACAUGGACUAACUUUUAUCACAGGUCAUUGAAUUAAAAUUUCCAAAAUUUCAUUGUCGAUAAGGUCAACUCUUUACAACUCUCACACUUUAAUUCUGCUGCAGUCUUAUCACGCCCAGUGAAAGCUUUCACAAUUUCACUUUCACAGAGAAUUCAAUCUUAACAAGUUUUUGCUAAAUAAGCCAACUCUGAGAACUGCUGUUUUAUCAUUAGCCAAAGCAGUGAUCCAUCAUUUUAACCCAUAUUUUAGCCAUUUUUACAAGUUUUUAAUUCUCCAUUUAAAAAAGAGUAAUUCUACUAAAUUGAAAAUCUGA